GCCCGCCCGCGCCGCCCCGGCGCCCGACCCGACCCCGGCUUGCGAACCUGACGCGCGCGCGCCCGCGCGCACCCGCCCCCGAGCGCCGUCGGCGCGGCGCGUCGACGGCGUCGUGCGGUGGAUCGACGCGCAGCGCCUCGCCGGGCCGAUGCGAACGGCCGCCGUGCUUCCCUCCGCGCUGGCGUCCGGUGAGCUCCUCUGCGCUCUCGUGCAGCAUGUAGUCCCGGCCGCGCGCCUAGCGCCCGUUCACCGGAGGCCCCGCGCGCGAGCCCUUCGCGCGGCGAACGCCGAGAACGCGCUCGGCGUCCUCUGGCGCGGCGGGCGGUGCCGCAGCGGCGUCUUGCGGGCCUACGGCGCCGCCGCCGGCGGCGCGCCGGCGGCGCAGGCGGCGGCCGCAUUGGUGUGCGAAGUCUUCGACGCGUACGCGAUCCGCGAUCUGCGGCGGCGCGAGGCGGCGAUCGCGCGCCGCGUCGACGCCGCGUUGGUGGCUGGCGGCGGCCAGCGUCUUGGGAGGCCGGUCGCGUGGGCACGCGCGUUCCGUGACGGCGCACGGCUCCUCGCGCUCGCCGGCCCCGGCGCCGCGCCGGAGGCAGACCCGGUCGCGGCGGCAUUCUCCGCCUUCCGGCGGCGGCGCGUCCCGGUGCUCUGGGAAAAUCCGCGCGCGUUCCGCGCGCGCGCCGACGACGACCUCGUCCUCGCGCAACUCGACUUGCUGGUCACCGAAGGAAGCGCGCCAAAGCCGGCGGCGGCCCCGAAACUCGAACCGGCGAAGCGCUCGCCGCCCGCGCCCGACGCCGCCGACGACCCCGAGGACGGCCAGUGGGAGCUCUUCCGCCACCGUCUCCUCGCGCGACGUGGGCCACGGAGCCGCCGCGGCGAGAACGCUAGGUUGCAAUAAAUAUAGACGUCUCCAGAGC